AUGAACCCAAAAACUAAUGGUGUCACCAGUGGUGAAAAAGUAACUUCCCCAACUGAUGUCAACUUUAAAGAAAAGAACGAAGAACUUCAAAGACUUCUUGAGGAAAAAGAAAAUAUUUUAAAAUCUCGUCAAGAAGAAUUAGAAGCUCUUAAAUCAAAAUUGGAAAAAGAUAAUGAUAGUACAAGUGAAUCGGUUGAACAACAAGUUCAUAAUAUAGAAGAAUUAAAAAAAGCUCAUGAGGAAGAAACAUUAAGAGUUCAAAUUGAAAAGGAUGAAGCAAUUCUUGCUAAAGAUGCUAUAAUUGAAGAUCUUAAAAUUAAAAUUCGAUCACUUGAAGAAGAAUUCAAGGAACAUGAUACUAAAAAUGAAGAAAUUAACGAAGCUCGUGUAAAAGAAAUUAGCGAAUUUACUCAAAAAAUUAAGGAUAAUGAAAUUGUAAUCCAAGAAUUAUCUACAUUGAAAGUAGAAAUCGAGAAUUUGAAAAAGUCUCAUCAAGAACAAUUAGUAGAAAUUGAAAAGGAACAUGCGUUAGCUCUUGAACAAGCAAAAGAACGAUCAUCCCAAGGAGAAACUGUAGUAGCUAUUGAAAAAUUGAAACUUAAACAUUUAGAUGAAAUCAAUGAACUUAAAAGUGUACAUGAAAAAGAAUUAGAAACAUCUAGAUCUGAACAAGACUCUGCAAUCAAAGCAGCAGAAUAUAAUAUUCAA